CAUUUGAUACAUACUAGUAUACUUAACUCUUAUUGAACCUAACAGUAAGGUUACAAGUAUGGACCUUUCGUCUUUUCAUGUUUCAACAGCAUUACUGCUUCUUCCCUCGCUGUCAAACACCACCAUUCACAGCGCCAAGACUAUAGCUGGAGUUAAGCAGAGAAUACUAUUUCAGCCAAAAAAUAUCAUCUGUAAACAUACAACAUAAAAAUAAAAAAUGUCACUCAUUUGUCAAAUGGAGUACCAUCAUGCAACUUCCCUUUCUACUUCUUCCUUUCUUUUUUCUCCAUCUCCUCCAAUAACGAAAAUUCCCAGGUAAUUUUUUUUUUUUUUUUUUUUUUUUUGGCAGGGCGCAAAACUACUCGAUUAAAAGAAAAAAGAUUUAGCUAAAUGAUUUUGCAAAAGAAAAUUAUUUAAAAUUUUUUAAUAGUAGCACGUGGUUGGAAGUUGUAACACAGUUCUUGACUUCAAACCUUUAAAGGGCUAUUAUAGAAAUAACCGUCCACUAGCAUAAAUUCAGUAGAAUUAAACCAUGCAACUGCAUAGCACUCUCUAACAAAAACGGUUCUUCAGUUACUACUAGGAGAACCAAAAACAAUGAGCAGAAUUUCCACAAUCAUCUACUACUUCUUGAUCUAUGCAAUCUUUGCUAACACAUUUUAUCUAGGAAACUCAACAACUUUACAACACGGCAAUGGCAUUAUCAUCAAUGUCAGAAGUUUUCGGGUUCGAGCUGAUGGUAGAAGCGAUGAUAGUUGGGCCUUUAAUGCAGCUUGGGAGAAAGCAUGUAACUCUAAAGGCAAUGUUACUCUUUUGAUACCUAAAGGAACUUAUCUUGUAGGACCUCUUAAGUUAAGAGGUCCUUGUGAGCAAGUAACAUCUCUCACAGUAUUACUCAAGGGUACUUUGAAAGCGAAAACAGACUUAUCUGAGUACGAAUUUGGAUCCGGGUGGAUCGAGUUUGCCUGGAUCAAUGGGCUUACCUUGACAGGAGGUGGAGUUUUUGAUGGUCAAGGUGCCAAAGCUUGGCCUUACAACACUUGCCCUACUAGUUCUAAUUGUGACCUCCUCCCUACUAAUUUGAAGUUUGUGGGUAUGAACAGAACGACGGUUCAUGAUAUAACUUCACUGAACAGCAAGUUUUUUCAUUUAGCUCUUGUAGAAUGCAGAGACUUUGAAGGGAGUAAACUUGAGAUUUUGGCCCCUGAGGAUAGUCCUAACACAGAUGGCAUUCACCUUGAACGUAGCUCUAAUGUUCGUUUUUCUUGGUUGAACAUUGGCACCGGGGAUGAUUGCAUCUCUGUUAGACAAGGAAAUUCCCAAAUUUCCAUCACAAAUAUCACUUGUGGACCAGGUCAUGGUAUAAGUGUUGGAAGCUUGGGAAAAUACCUGCAUGAACAAGAUAUAAAUGGACUUUUUGUAAGAAAUUGUACGAUUAGUGGGACUACGAAUGGGAUUAGGAUCAAAACAUGGGCUAAUUCUCCUGGUAGAAGCGCGGCUACUAACAUAAAAUUCGAGAACAUUGUGAUGAAGCAUGUAAGGAAUCCAAUUAUCAUUGAUCAAGCAUACUGUCCCUUCGAUUCAUGUUCAUCUGAGGCACCAUCAAGGGUGAGAUUGAGUAACAUAUACUUUAAGAACAUCAGGGGUACUUCACUGUCUGAAGUGGCUGUGACACUUUCAUGUAGUAAGGGAAUUCCAUGCAAGAACAUUUUCCUGCAGAAUGUUCACCUGAAUUUGACAUCAGGGGAACGACUUCCUGUUUUGACAUGUGAGAAUGUAAAAGCAAGAUACAUUGGUAUCCAGAUGCCUCCUCCAUGCCCUUAAUAAGGGUUGUAGAUUUUGUAGUAACAUCUAACAAGUUGGCUGAGAUUGAUUUGUUGUAUUAGUUAGUUGAGGGGUUUAGGUGGAACAUUUUUGUGCUAAUAUUAAUGUUUUCUAAUGGAGUGAAUGAGUAAUUUAAUUUUUUGUUGUAGGAGCAUGACAUCCUAAAACCUAAAUUGUUCUACUCUAUAU